AUGCCUCUUCCACGGUACACAAUUCAACCCACUCGCAUCAGUCAGGUGCGUAUGCCUGAUAAGAUUGAUAAUGAACUCGAGUACGUAUCUAACGAGACCCUCUGCAAUCUCAUGCAUCAAAUGGCCUCUGUAGCUAAUGUUGCUUCGGAAAUUUUCGAGGAGCUUACAUACGACUUAACCUCGAUUACCAAUCGCCUCAAUCGCAUUGAAAAGCGUGUGACUGCUGUCACAACAACCCUCAAAUCUCUUCCCACGAGCGAGGAAUUCCUCACUCUUGGUCUUCAAGAUCUCUCUGCUCCUACGCCAGGUGUUAAAGAACCGGAAUUGGACAGCCAAGUCCUUCGUAGCAGCACUAAACCGCGAUGCAUGCAAAUACAGCAUGAUGCAGCCGAGGCACCACCACCACUAUCUGUUAUGGACGCGUUGAGAGAUGACGGCAAGUCAACAGCGAGGCUCUACUCCGACCCGAGGUUCUUUUUUGAUCUUUGGAAGAAGGAAAUGCUGGAGGAUGCCUUUGAUGGGGCUAACAGUGCCCUAAAUCUUGAUGCUAAGGGCGGUAAAAAGAUGGGCAAGAAGAAGCGUCCAAAGCCCAAAUCAAAGCCAUCCUCAACAAUGGGUUUGCGUGACUACCCUCCUCAGCAAAAUUUUCAACCACAGCAAGCUCCCCAAAUACAAACUCACCAGCAAUCGUCUAUCCAACAGCAACAGGGCUUAGUACAACAGCACCAGAAUCAAACUGAGAUUCAACCACAGUCGAUGCAGAAAUCUCAAAUCAUGCAUCAUCAACAACAAUUGACUGCGCAACAGCCAUUACCAACGCAGAAUGAUGGUGGCAGUGCCACGGCGAUGACCGCUUCCGAGUAUUGCGAACCAGAGGAGGCGUUUAAUCAUCCAAGUGAAUGGAUGGCGUCACGACCUGCCCCACCCUUCCCUUAUCAUCGCGUUGCCGGUGGUGGUAAGUUAGAGCUCAUUUGUCUUCAUUUGAGGGAAUCUUUAAUUUUGAUUAGGGGGGGUGAGGAGCUAGAAUGCGCGGGUGUUUUCAUCUUCCAUCCGAAAGGUACAAUUCUUAAGUAUGGGGGCCUAAUGGCCAGUUCUUGUGACUCACCGCCUCCUCCACCUCCACCACCCCCUCCCCUAAUGGAUCUCUCUGUUUCAUCCAUCGGUGGAACCAGUGGCGGUGCCAGUGGUUGUGGCGCUCUCUCUGUGGAACCCAUUCACAACCUUCCACCCUAUGCGCCUUCUCUCUCGCCCCAACUUGACGGAAGUGGUGAUGGCUUGAAUGUAAGUGCCGAUCUUCUACCGCCUCCUCCACCACCAGCCGUCAUGAAUACCAGUACUGACAACCUCUUGUCAGCAUCAUUCCACACGGACCACCCCCCUCCUCCACCACCACCGCCUCCCCCCCCUCCAUCGCCUCCCCCUCCUCCUCCUGUUCCCGGCGUUCCUCUUCCUUCAACCUCGAAAUGUGCUGGGGCUGGUCCCUCUACAACCAGUAAUGCGGCCUCAAAAUCCCCUUUCCCUUGCCCUCCUCGUGACCUGCUCUCUGAUAUUCGUUCUGGAAGCUUUCAGUUGAGAAAAGUUAGUGAGCGUCAGCUCCCACCCAAAUUACAACCCAAAGAAUCAACUGUUAGUCGAAUUUGCGAUGUCUCGGCCAUUUUUGAGAUGGUCAGCAAACGUCGGCAGUGCCUAGAAAAUACUUCUGAAGACGACGACGAUAAGACAAGCGAUUCUUGUGGAUGGGAGGAUUAG